CUAGCUUAUAUAUAUCCCUUACCAACCCCACAUAGUUCCUUCCUCUCUCUUUUUUUCUUCCUCUUCUCCUAAACCAAAACUCAGUGCAAUAAAAGCUCAAAUAGCUACUUGAUCUUCCACUAGCUCUUGUCUGAAUUGGUAAAGAAGAAGAAGAAGACAACUAAUGAAAUGGGUCUUUGCAUUUCAUUACUUUUGUCUUCCCCUCCCAAAACAGCUUCAACGAACAACCUCAGUAACAGAACAGAGUUCUGGUCAACGACCACCACUCUCGGGACGACAAAUAGCACCGCUGGACCACGAAGCCAAUUCUCCGAGGCGGCUAGCGAAUAUGCUGGUGGGAUUGUUGGUGAUUCCGGUCUAAUAUUGGAAUCACCAAAUCUCAAAGUCUACAGCUUUGCGGAUUUAACGACGGCGACCAAGAACUUCAGACCGGAUUCUAUGUUGGGUCAGGGAGGCUUUGGUAAAGUUUACAGAGGUUGGAUCGACUCAAAGACUCUUGCUCCGUCUAAAGCUGGUUCCGGUAUGAGCGCCGCCAUCAAAAGAUUGAAUUCUGAGAGCGUUCAAGGAUUUGCAGAGUGGCGAUCGGAAGUUAACUUCUUGGGGAUGCUUGCACACCCAAAUCUGGUGAAGUUAUUAGGAUACUGCCGUGAAGACAAAGAGCUUCUGCUUGUCUACGAGUUCAUGCCCAAAGGAAGCCUAGAGAGUCAUCUCUUCCGACGGAAGGAGCCUUUUCCUUGGGAGCUAAGGAUCAAGAUUGUGCUCGGUGCAGCUCGUGGCCUUGCGUUUCUACACGGCUUACAAAGAGAAGUCAUAUAUAGAGACUUCAAAGCCUCCAAUAUACUUCUCGACUCGAAUUUUGAUGCAAAGCUUUCAGAUUUCGGUUUAGCAAAGUUAGGACCAUCACAAGAGAAGUCACACGUUACUACUAGGAUCAUGGGCACGUUUGGUUACGCUGCUCCUGAAUACAUGGCAACAGGCCAUUUAUAUGUCAAGAGUGACGUAUAUGCCUUUGGUGUAGUACUACUUGAAGUAAUGACCGGACAAAGAGCAUACAACAAAAAACGGCCCAAGGGACAAGAGAAUCUAGUCGAAUGGUUAACACCAGAACUCAAAAGAAAACAUAGAGUGAACCAUAUAAUGGACCAAGCAAUUAAAGGUCAAUACUCAUCAAAAGUCGUAGCAGAAAUGGGACGCAUCACACUCUCUUGUGUCGCGCCAGACCCGAAAAAUAGACCACACAUGAAGGAAGUUGUCGACGUACUCGAACGCAUCCAAUGCAUUAACGUCGUCACAGACCGUUCGUCAACUAAAACAACUGUUGCUAGCUCUUCUCGUUCCUCGCCACAUCACUAUCAGUAUAGCUAUCGAGCUGGCGCCGCCGGGCGGAACCGAGAAGGCGGUCGCCUGGAAAGUUUGGAGUAGAGAAAGAUAACAUAUAUGGGUUUAUAGUCUUUUGGUCAUAUUCUAUUUUAAAAGGAGAGUAAUUAUGAUUUGUUUUGCAACCAUAUUCUUGGAAUAAUUUGUGUAGAAUCGUGUAUUCUUGUGUUGUUGUGUGAGAUUCCUAGGGUUGCCAACAGUUACAAAAUAUGAAAGUAAGUGAAAUGUGAUCAAAUAUCAUGUUGAUAACAAAAGUUGCCUAAAAU